UCUCUCUUUUUAGCAGCAACAUACAAGCCGGCCAUAUUAGAGAGAUGGAAAUAAAGCUUCCUUAAUGUUGUAUGUGUCUUUGAAGUACAUCCGUGCAUUUUUUUUUUAGCAUCUAACCAUUCCUCCCUCGUAGCCCUCGGCCCCUCAAAUCACCCUCUCCCCUAGCCCACCCGACAAACAUCUCAGUCUGAAAAUGCACAGAAAUGCCUGGCUACCUCGCCCUGCCUUCAGUCUCACGGGGCUCACUCUCUUUUUCUCUUUGGUGCCACCAGGGAGGAGCAUGGAAGUCACAGUACCGAACACCCUCAACGUCCUCAAUGGCUCUGAUGCCCGCCUGUCCUGCACCUUCAACUCCUGCUACACCGUGAACCACAAACAGUUCUCCCUGAACUGGACUUACCAGGAGUGUAACAACUGCUCCGAGGAGAUGUUUCUCCAGUUCCGCAUGAAGAUCAUUAACCUGAAGCUGGAGAGGUUCCGAGACCGCGUGGAGUUCUCGGGGAACCCCAGCAAGUAUGACGUGUCAGUCACCCUGAGAAAAGUGCAGCUGGAGGAUGAGGGCACCUACAACUGCUACAUCAUGAACCCGCCUGACCGCCACCGCGGCCACGGCAAGAUCUAUCUGCAGGUCCUCAUGGAAGAGCCCCCCGAGCGCGAUUCUACGGUGGCCGUGAUCGUGGGCGCCUCCGUCGGAGGCUUUCUGGCUGUGGUCAUCUUGGUGCUGAUGGUGGUGAAGUGCGUGAGGAGGAAAAAAGAGCAGAAGCUGAGCACGGACGACCUGAAGACGGAGGAGGAGGGCAAGACCGACGGGGAGGGCAACGCGGACGACGCCAAGUAACGGCGGGCGGCCCGCGGCCCCCGCCCGCGCGCGCUCCCGCCCUCCCGCCCGCCCUCUCUCGGUGUGCCUCCCGCGAGCCCGGACCCAGGGCCCGCCGGGGGCCUCCUCCUGAGCCCCUCCUCCCUGUCCCCUGCACCAAGAGCGACCCACCUCUCUGUGACUUGAGAAACCUGCCGGGCGUCUGGGAAGUGUGGGCCCUGGGUGGGGGGCGGGGGGAAGGAGAAGCGGGGUGAAAACUGCCGGCCCCUGAGAGGAGGCAGGAGGCCUGCGGGAGGGGCGCGGAGAGAGGGCAGGCGCCCGCUGUGCAGCCUGCCCAGGGCGUGGGCUGAUCUGGCGGUGGCUUCAGGGGGGCCUGAAGGUGGGACAGGGCCCUGGGGCUGCCCCUCCGAGGCGGCGGGCGCGAGGCCCCGGGCGGCCUCGUCACGGGGGUCGUGACGGCUUCCUGGAACUUGGGGGCUUGUUGAAGGAAACCUGUGCGUUUCCUGGGUGUGGAAGGAACGGGAGCCGGGGCUGGAGGCAGCCAGAGACAAGCCUUGGCCGGCGGAGCUCUACUCCUCGCCCUUCCCCCCCUCGUUUGCUUCCACAGACGCCCCGGGGCUCCACUGGCUGCCAAGCGAGAGAAAAGUACUGCUGAGCGAGGCCGUGGGGCCGGGGUCGCGUCUGUCUGCUGGUGGCCCCUUUUCACCACAGUUACCCACUAACAGGAGAUGAAGUUCAAAGUUAGCGGAGACAGACAAGGGGCUGGGGGCUCUGUUGUGGCAUGGAGUUCCCGGUCAACUGCCUUCUCGCCCAGGGUGGCGGCUCUCACGGGGCCAGGAGCCGCCUCUGGUGUGGAGAGGAGGAGGGAGCGGGUGGGAGCCACGUCGGAGGAGCUGGUGUGCAGAGCGGAGGGCUUCUGCUCAAACAUUCCCCGUGACCCUCAGCAGGGUUUCAUCUGGCUUUUGGCCCCGAGGGAAGCCUCUGAGACCCUGUGGCCAUGUCACAUCUGGAGCCAUGUUACACCCUCCCCGGCCUGGACGAUUUCUCUCUGUGGAGAGAGCAGAGUAGCAUUUGUGGGGAGCCAACUUUCACUGCCAUUUUACUCACACGGAGAGGGAAUUGCUUAAACCUCAGGAGAGGAUGAAAGAGAAAAACUGCCUUGGAAGGCCCUCGGAGAUCAACUAGCCUAGUCACUCAUACUACAGACCAAGAGACUGAGGGUCAGAGUCACAGAAACCAGGGGCCCUGCUUCUCCUUGGGUUUCUCAGUUUCCAGUUUGAAUCAACAGAGCUACAGUUUGUGGAAGAGAUGAGGAGAGGGAGUCGGGCUCCUCCAGCCCCGCUCACCUCUUGAGAGCCCAGCCCUCGGGCUGUGACUGAGGCUGGGAAGGGGUGAUGGCAGUGGGAGGGCAGAGCUGGCGGAAUGCCCCACCCUGCCCCAGACGGACCCUCUGCAGUGCUUCCCAAUCUUUCUCAGAGCUCAGGCCCUGCUCAGGUUCAGGGAGUCAGUGCCCAGGACCCCAGAACCCGAGUCUGGGUAAAUGGGGUGGAGACAGGACUCCAGCAGCCUCUGGGACCAUUCUCUGCCUCUGCCCAGCAAAGGGGAGAGAGCAAUAGAAUAUGGACGAUUCACUUUAAUUCACUUCAACUCAUCAUCCAUUUAUUGAGCAUCUCCUAUGUGCCAGGCACUGGGCCAGGUGCUGGGGAUGUACACAAAGCCAUAACAGAGCUGGGAACCGCUAGGUCAGCACUGUGGGGAACCAAGAUUUUUUUUUUUUUUUUGGUGCAUCUAAUUCCACCUCUGCAGCUACUGCUUCCAGGGCUGGGGUAGGAGAAGAAGGAAGAGAUUCCAGAAUCUGGGCCCUGGGAAGGGAAGAAAGGAAGGAAAAAGGGAGGAUACAAUAGGGAAGAGGGUGAGAGGCCAGGCGGAGUGCGCACAGAGCGGGGGAUGGGCCACAGCCUGAGAGCUCCAAGGUGGGAUGAGUCCGGCUCAUUUGGAAAUCCUAAGUCAUCAGUACCUAACUGCCAAUCAACACACUGCCAAUGGGGGGUGGGCUAAGCCCCCAGGAUGCCUGGGGUGGCUGGACAUUGCCCAUCCUUGAAGCCAACCAGCCGAGAGGGGAGAGGUGGGUGGUGGGCACCUUGAUCUCCAGCCGAGAUCAAGGGUGGUUGUAAUAACAUGUCUGCCCCUUGCAGAUUUCGCUUUUUUGGGCAACUUCUUAAGUGCUCUCCUCUUCCAGGAUGAGGAAGGAUCUGUGCAGAUGCUGGGAAUUCUUCUUUUUCAUAACAUUUAGGGGAAUUAUUUGCAAGAUUCCCUAGGUUUAUUCUAAGAAAUUCUACUCUCUAUAAAAGAAGCCUGAGACUUUCAGGUUCCUUCCUUUCUCUGCCCUGACCUGGAGGGUCCUAGGGAGAGCAGUGCCUCUCCAGGGGCCUCAGACACCCGAGCUGAUGGGGAGGGACCAGGAACCACCUUUGUCCCAGGUGCCCAUCUUCAUAUGCUCUUUCUUCCCAAGCCUCUUAAGAGUCUCUUCCAGAGGCCUCAUGGAGCUACCUCCCCCAAGGCAAUGAGGUUGGGAACAAAACGGGGCUUCUGUGAGUAGAGGUGGGAGACCGGUGAGAUGUCCCCUCGGCAUCCUGCUUUCUAGUGUGUACCUCCUCCUGCACCCUGGGGCUCAAGCCCUACUUCUGGCUGUACAUUCCCAUCACUGCACUCCGCUGGUUUUCUCAACUGCUCCUGCCUCUCCUGCUCUCUCGGAACCCCCUACCUGUCUCUUUCUCCUAAUUAAGGGUCCCUGUAAAGAGAGAUGGGCUGGCCAACCCAUGGGAUUUAGCUUAUAAAGAACAGAGCACACUUUUUCAGGACUGAAAUGCCUUGAGGUGCCUUGGAACUGGUUUUGGAAAUAGCUGUCUGCCCCCUGGCUCCGGGCUAAUCACAGUUUAUUCUCAAUUUAUAAAAAGGAGAAGCUGGAUCCAUAUUUCUCCUUGUGAAUCUCCUUGGUGAGGCCGGGCUGGUAAGUAUUUGCAAGGUCAGGUUAAGCAGAUGGACAAAUGAAAAUACUGGCUAGGUCCAAAAAAGAUAGUCCCAGGCCAUAGGAAUGGCUUGAUGCAAUUGGAACAGGUGAUGAAUCAAGAGAUUUUUCUUCCUAUCUGUGUCUUAAGGAUAGACAGCCUGUGUCUUUUGCUGUGCCUCUUGCUGAUGUUGUCCUUUAUUGAAGCUUGCUGAUGCGUUUGUACAUAGUCUAUAUAUAGGUAGAGAUAUAUUAUAUAUACAAAUAUAGGACAUCUCACUACAUCCACCCCAAAAGUUACAUUGGGUGGGGGCGGAAAACAAUCAUUUCUCAAUGUUUUGAGUUGAUUCACCAAAGGCAAAUUAUGGAAUGUUCUCAUGGCUGUUUGUGCACUUGGAGGGGAAAACACAGCUACUCAUGCAUUUUCUAGGACUGAUGUGCUAUGUGGUGAUGGAAGAGGUGGUGGGGAGAGAAACUCAGGUUGUCCUCUGUGACCCAACCGCUGUGAGGCGUCUGCUUUUGGGAGCAGACUGAGUUUCUUCCGCAGUGUGUCUCCUUGCUUGGAUGUAUUGGCUGCAAUAAACAGACGGUCUCCCCUGAA